CUUCCUCAGCCACCGCCACCCACAGGCCGCGGACCCUGUCAUUAUCGCCGGCGGCCCGGCCCCACUCCCUGCCUGUGGGCGCCUCGCCGGGGUUGGGGUGAUGCACGAAAGAAUCUGGAGUCCUUCUGGGGCAGGGACCGCGUAACGUUCGACGCCCAGCCGGGCUGGUGCGAAAGGGAGCCUCGGAGUCCUGGCGCCAGCCGCUGCUCCCCGGAUGUCUGCUUUCCCUUCUGCAAAAUGGGUGCACGGACGCGAGUGAGGAGGUCCUUGGAGAGGCAUGCCUGGACCUAGUCUGGAGAAGGGUCCCCUCCCGGCUCGCUGGGAAGUUUCUAACCCCAGAAGUGCCCUUGGCAGGGGGCUGGGGCGGAAGCCGUAAAACUUAGAGCAGGCAACACCGCCGUGCGAACGUUCACGAGGAUGACGACUCGACAGCGCCCUUUAACAGACGCAAAGCGGAAGAGGUGGGCCGGAAGUGGAAGUGCGGCAGGGAGUUAGCGGCGUCUCAGUUGCCAUGGAGACUGGAAGGGGAGAGCAGCAGUCCGCAGAGUCUGAGUCCUACGCCUUCGCUGAGGCGACGUGGACGCCAACUCCGCGUCCGACCCGGAUCCGCAGCCCCAGCCAGUCCUCCCUCGCCUACUCCGAGUCUUUCUACCAGCCAGGUAGUCGGCCCCGCCGCGUCUCGCCGCUCACGCUCCGGCCGCUCCCCGAGCCGCACCUGCUGCGCCUGCGCCCCACCUCGCCGCGCACCCAAGACAUCUCUUACUUGCUCACCGGCGUCUUUCAAAACUUGUAUACCGCCGAGGUGAUUGGCGAGGAGGUGAGUGCGAGUUUGAUCAAGGCCCGCGGCAGCGAGGAUGCUCGGCACGAGGAGUUCGUGGACCAGCUUCAGCAGAUUCGGGAGCUCUAUAAGCAGCGGCUGGAUGAAGUUGAAAUGUUGGAGAGACAUAUCAUUCAGGCCCGCGCACGGGCCCUUGCGGAGAAAGAGCGGGCCAUGCACCAGGCCGAAGUACAGGUCCUUGAGCCGUUCAUCAAGAUGCCUCCAGUGAAGACCAUCUUCAGGUGGUGUGUGGACAACGAGUUGCUACAGAAGCAUCAUUUGAUCUGCCCGAAUGAUUACUACAGCGAUACAGUGCCCUUUUGCUCUGCACCUAAAGGUGCCUUUGUCCCUGGAUAUUCAAAACUGACAUUUAGUUUUGAGAAACGUUCUGUCCCAAAGAUAGAGCUGACCAAGAAGCUUGCCUGCAGGAAGAUGCCCUCUCAGUCUGAAGAGGAGACAGACUACACCAUGGACAGCCUGACAUGGGACUCAUCUUUUAAGGGCAAACUCAGAUCCAGAGCAACUGCCGAGAAAACAGGUUCACCGAAGAAUAAAAACUGGAUGAACCAUUUACGUGUGCCCCAGAGGCAGCUGGAGCGGCUUCUGCUCGCCAGGAUGGAGAGUCGGAACCGCUUCCUGAAAAACCCUCGCUUUUUCCCUCCUAACACUCCGUUUGGAGGCACGUCUCUUCUCUUUCCUCCCAAGAAGUCAGCACUGAUAGGAGAAUUCCAGGAUGGAGAGCUGGAAGAGAGUUGUGCUGAUACUCCAGUGUUUCUAGCUAAGCCCUCAAUCGCAUUUUUCACAGAUUAUGAAAUUGGACAAGUUUAUGAGAUGGUGAUCUCGCUGCAGAACACCACGUCCACCAGCCACCACCUGCGAGUCCUCCCGCCGUCCACGCCCUACUUCGCUCUGGGAUUGGGGAUGUUCCCAGGAAAAGGUGGAAUGGUGGCUCCUGGAAUGACCUGCCAGUACACUGUCCAGUUUUUUCCUGACUGCCUUGGGGGUUUUGAUGACUUUAUUUUAGUGGAGACCCAGUCAGCACACACGCUGCUGAUCCCCCUGCAGGCCCGGAGGCCGCCCCCAGUGCUGACGCUGUCGCCGGUGUUGGACUGUGGUUACUGCCUCAUUGGGGGCAUGAAGAUGACCAGAUUCAUCUGCAAAAACGUGGGCUUCAGCGUGGGCAAGUUCUGCAUUAUGCCUAAGAAGAGCUGGCCGCCGCCAAGCUUCAGAGCUGUUGCAACCACCGGCUUUGUUGAGCAGCCUCCCUUUGGGAUCCUGCCGUCAGUGUUUGAGCUGGCUCCGGGGCAGGCCGUAUUCGUGCAGGUCCUGUUCCUCCCAACCAGCCUGGGAAAGGCAGAGCAGACCUUCAUCAUCGUGUGUGACAACUGCCAGAUAAAGGAACUGGUGACCACAGGAAUCGGGCAGCUGGUGGCUCUGGAUCUGAUCUAUGUUUCUGGUGAAAAAAGUCAGCCAGAGCCCGGAGAGCUCACAGACUUAACAGCCCAGCACUUCAUACGCUUUGAGCCUGAAAACCUUCAGUCCACGGCCAGCAAACUGCUGAUUAUUAGAAACGCCACGCACGUGGAGCUGGCCUUCCGCUGGCAGAUCGUGAAGCCCAACCUGAGGCCCCUAAUGCCUGGAGAAACCUACAGCCCGGACAGCAUCAAGUCCCACCCCGACAGGGAGACGGCCUUCUCCAUCGCCCCCGACACGGGAGCUCUCGAGCCCCACACGGACCACGAGUUCCUCUUGAGCUUCUCUCCUCGAGAGCCCAGGGAUUUUCACAGCGUGCUCCAGAUGGUGCUAGAGGAAGUCCCAGAGCCCGUGAGCUUGCACUUGGAAAGCCUGAAGGAUCCCUCAUACUCUGUGGAUGACGUGAUUGUCCUGGAAAUCGAGGUGAAAGGCUCAGUGGAACCUUUCCAGGUUCUCUUAGAACCAUAUGCCCUCAUCAUCCCCGGGGAGAACUACGUUGGGAUAAACGUGAAGAAGGAUUUCAAGAUGUGGAACAACAGCAGAUCAGCCAUCAGGUACACGUGGGGGAAGAUCAGCGACUGCCACAUCGUUGAAGUGGAGCCCUGCACGGGGACCAUCGAGCCCAGCGAGGUGGAGGAUUUUCAGUUGAACUUUACCGGGGGUGUCCCCGGCCCGACGAGCCAGAGCCUGCUGUGUGAAAUCAAAGACUCCCCCUCACCCGUGGUCUUACACGUCGAGGCGGCCUUUAAGGGGCCUGCCCUCGUCAUCGACGUCUCAGCCCUUCAGUUUGGUUUGCUGCGCCUGGGGCAGAGAGCCACAAACUCCAUCCAGAUCCGCAACGUCAGCCAGCUCCCGGCCACGUGGUCCAUGAAGGAGAGCAGGGUCUGCCUGCAAGAAAGGCAAGAGGGCGUGUCUCCCUUCGUCAUCGAGCCGUCCAGUGGCCAAGUUCAGCCGCUGGGGGAGUGCAGAGUGAGCAUCACGUUGGAGGCCCGGCACUGCCAGUGUCUGCAGACUGUCCUGAAGCUGGAGGUGGUAAACGGGACCUGCAGCCACCUGCCUGUGUAUGCCGAGGUGCAGGAGCCCUACGUGUACCUGCAGAGCAGCCAGGUGGAGGUCACCAACCUCUACGUGGGCGUGCCCACCAAGACGCCUGUCACACUCAUCAAUGGCACACUCCUGCCCACCCAGUUCCACUGGGGCAAGCUCCUGGGGCUCCAAGCAAGCUUCUGCACAGCAAAAGUCUCCCCGAGACGUGGCACGCUGGGCCCCCGUGAGGAGCGCCAGUUCAGCCUAGAGUUGACUGCUCAUACCCAGGACGAGUUGAUGGACCUGGCCCUCCCUUGUAACAUGUUGGGCGUGAAGGAGCCACUGGUUCUGGGCAUUUCCGGGAAACCCCGGGGACUGCAGGUGGCCAUCGCCAUCUCUACAGAGGACAGCGACAGCAGUGUUACCAGUGCAGAGCUGUGGCCAGGCCACCCGGAGAGGCUCCACCUGGACUUCGGCUCAGCAGUGCCGCUGCGGACCCGCGUGAAUCGCCAGCUCAUCCUGACCAACUGUUCCCCGAUACAGACCCCUUUUACCCUCAAGUUUGAGUACUUUGGGAGCCCUGCAAACAGCCUGCGCCAAAAACCCAGCCUCCCCGACAUGCCUCCUGCCCUGCUGAAGAUGGCUCGGAUGCGGGAGCUCUUGGCCAAGCGAGAGCAGCUGGAGUUUAUGGAAAGCAUGCUGUCCCACGGGAAAGGAGCUGCCUUCUUUCCCCACCUCUCCCAGGGCGUGCUGGGGGCCAACCAACAGCUUGGCAUUGACCUCACAGCCUGUGCGAACAUGUGGGGCGAGUACUGGGACAGCCUCAUCUGCACAGUGGGAGACCUGCCUCCAGCGGUCAUCCCGGUGCACAUGGCGGUGGUGGGCUGCCCCAUCAGCUUCCACAGGACCACCCACUACACCACUGACCAGAUCCAGAAGGAGCCUGUUGUCAGGUUCGGCACCCAGGUCUCUGGAGGAGACACAGUCACCCGGAUCCUUCGCCUGAGUAAUUCCAGCCCCUGUGACAUCCGCCUGGACUGGGAGACCUACGUUCCAGAGGCCAGGGAGGACCGGCUGCUGGAGCUGCUGGUGUCCUAUGGGCCACCCUUCCCGCUGCGGGACCAAGCUGGGAACGGCCUCCUGUGCCCUGAGACCAGCAGCUCCUUCUGGUCCCCAAGUCCCUCUGACGUGUCCAAGUCCAGCCGUGAAGCUGCCCAGUCUGCUGAGGGCGGCUCCAGUGCUGGCGCCUCCCAGGAAAUCAUCUCGGUCACCCUGCAGGGACGUGAGGGGGUGCCCUCUGACGAGCCGUUCUCCAUCAGCCCCAAGCAGGUGGUGGUCCCCGCAGGGGGCAGCAGCACCAUCCGCAUCUCCUUCACACCCGUGGUCCUGGGCCCCGACGUCCUGCACAAGGUGGAGUGUACUGGCUCCGCCCUGGGCUCCAUGAGCUUGGAUGACGAGGUGGAGAGGGAGCUUCCGGGGAGGAGGCGCCGCCUGCCGGGCUCGGCUGUGGGACCCGUGAGGCUGCACCUGCAAGGCUACGUGAGGCCCGCGCAGCUGAGCGUGGAGCUGGGCUCCGGCGGCUGCAUGGUGUUCUGGCACCAGGCCAGCGACCUCAUCCCCGAGCAGCGCUGUGCUGGGGUGCUGAGUGAGCUGGUGACCACCCACCACCUGAAGCUGACCAACACCACGGACAUCCCACACUACUUCCGGCUCCUGGUCUCCAGGCCCUUCUCUGUUUCUCAAGAUGGAGUGAGCCGCAGCCACAGGGCUCCCGGUCCCAGCUGGAAGCAGGAGUGCAAGGAGGGGACAGCAGCAGCCGGCAAGCAGCUGGUACUCUACCCACAGGAGAACAUGCUGGUGAAUGUGUCCUUUUCCCUCUCCCUGGAGCUGCUCUCCUAUCAGAAGCUCCCGGCUGACCAGAUGUUGUCUGGAGUGGACAUUCAGCAGAGCGCGAGUGGAGAGAAAAAGAUGGUCUUCACUCAGAAUCUGCUUCUGGAAUACAGCAACCAGACCACUCAGGUGGUGCCCCUGCGGGCCGUCGUGGCCGUGCCCGAGCUGCAGCUCUCCACCAGCUGGGUGGACUUCGGGACCUGCUUCGUGAACCAGGGCCGCGUCCGGGAGGUCUACCUGAUGAACCUGAGCGGCUCCCGGAGCUACUGGGCCGUGUUGACAGGCCAGCAGGAGCCAGACAAGGAUCCUGUUGCCUUCAGGGUCUCCCCAAGCAGCGGGCUGCUGGAGGCACGACCGGUCAACGCGCCCCCCACCUCCGUCCCCCUCCAGGUUUCCUUCACCGCCAGGAGCUGUGAGCUGUACGAGUCCACGCUGGUGGUGGAAGGCGUGCUCGGUGAGAAAUCCGGCACCCUGCGGCUCCGGGGCCGAGGCUCGUAUGACGAGAGAUAUGCAUCACCCUACUAGCUCUGAGCCUCUGCCCUCAACCCCCAAUACUGGAAAUAAACACGGCCCAGAGCUAUGGAGCAGGUUUACUGGGCAAAGGCACCUACUGGAGGACCUCUGAACAGCUCCUGGGAUGGAGGGACCCCCACCCCCACCCCGCAACCUGCCCCACCACUUCCAGGCCCUGCACCCUGUGUCCUCAGAGCUAAUACAAAGGGUCGGCCACGCCCCUGUGGAGACCAGAGCAGUUAAAAGAGUCACUAUUCAGAUUCAGCAGAGGCAGGACUAGCAUACCAAGAACUGGCUCUUUCUUGGGGGAAAAAAACCACAGCCACGGAGAGAAGGUAAUGCGUUUACUAUGUUUACUGCACUCCGCAUCCACAGGCCCCUUCCCCCAGGAAUCACACGGUGGCCUUGCAGGCUGGAUGAGCCAGGCCAACUUUGCCUGUCUCAGCUAGAGGGGCCCGACAGACGGCAGCCCGAUACCUCACCCGCUCCCGUACUGUCUCAUCAGUGUUCACAUUUGCCAGCUCAGCUGAAGUGCCUUGACUUGCCACUGCCACCAGUGCUGGGACUCCCCAGGUGUCACGUCUGUAGCGCUACUGCCAGAGCACUGGGCUGGGCCUCUUUCAGUUUCCAGGGUAUUCGAAGACGGCGGCGGCUCCCAUGCCGGUCCCGAUGCACAUGGACACCACCCCAUACGCCCUGUGGAAGCAAAAUGUGCUGGUUGGGUGAAGGCACAAAGGGCAGAAGCCCAGCCACCAAGCUCUCCCCGGACCAGGCUGAGCUGGGUGGACCAAGGCCUUCACGGGCACAGGACGCCAGACCUCGGGGAACGUGGUUCCCGGCCUGCCCGCCGAGGGGCGCGCACACGGUGGCCGAUGCCUGCCGCAGCCCAGGGGCCCGUCUCCUCGGCUCGGAGUGUGUGGGGGGCGGGGGCGCGUACACCUCCCCCCAUCAGGCGCACCAGCUGGGCCCCCCCCCGACCCCCACGGGGACCGGCCUUACCGCCUCCCGCGGCGCUUCAGCUCGUUGAGCAGCGUGAUGACCUGUCGUGCCCCAGUGCAGCCCAGCGGGUGGCCCAAGGCCACCGCACCCCCCAGAGGGUUCACCUUCUCAGGGGGCAGUUGCAGCUUCUCCACACAGUAGACGACCUGGAGGGAGGCUGAGCAUCAGUGUAGCUCCCUCCCCAGUCCCCCGCACCACCCUCCCGCUGCCUCCAACUGGGCGGCCCAGGCAACAAUGCAAAACAGGCUCACCUGACUUGCGAAGGCCUCAUUGAUCUCAAAGAUGUCCACGUCCUCCACCGUCAACCCUGCAGGCAAGCGGAAAAGACCUGAGCUGACCCAGCGGCCCCUUAGCAGGCUUCUCAGACUCCCUGGGGCCCUACGCCAUCCAUGGCCUGGAGGCUGGGCUGCCCGGUGUGUCUGCCUCUGUUCCAGAUGGGUGAGCGGGUCCCAGGUGUGGGGUCAGGAAGGGGUCGGGGUGCCCCACCUUCACUCUGCGGCACCCGCAGGCCCACCCCGGGCACCCGCCUCUGGCAACAGCACGAGAGGCAGGGGCUGGAUCCAAACCUAGGGUGUGAAGGACCCAUCUUACCUGCUUUUUGCAAAGCUACAGGGAUGGCAUAGGCAGGUCCAACGCCCAUGAUGUCAGGCGGGACCCCAACCACUGCGUAGGACCUCAGGACCCCAAGGAUGGGAAGGCCCAACUCUUCUGCCUUGGACCUCCUGGCCAGCAGGAUGGCAGCUGCCCCGUCACUCACCUGGCUAGAGUUUCCUAGAGGCAAACCACAGGGUUAAGGAGGCCUCGGGGCAGCUCCGAGGAGGUCCAGACCUUCCAUAUCCACCCUGCCCGGUGGCUCCAGGCUCCCAGAGGAGAACACCCGACACGGAAGCAGCCCCCUCCUCACCCCACCCCCAGCCCAGUCUCACCAGCUGUGGUAGAGCCCCCCUUCUUGAAGGCAGGCUUCAGUUUGGCCAGGCCCUCCAGGGUGGUGUCGGGGCGGAUGCCCUCAUCGUGGGCCACGGUGACACUUCUCUCAGUGCCCUUGUCAUCACGGACCGUGGUGGUCACAGGCACAAUCUCAGCUUGGAAACAGCCCUUGCUCUGGGCUCUGGCUGCCCUGCCAGCACCGUGGACAGCCAGGCUCAGGUUUCCAUGGGGUUACCUUCCUUCCUGGGGUCCCUCCCUGAGGCCUCCGCCUCCUGCCCUGCCCUCUGGGACAGACAUGCAAGCUCAGACUGCUACAUGCGGGGUCACACUCACCUCGGGGGCAGUGCACAGGGUCCCCUACUACCCCACCUGCCCUGGGACUGGGAAGCCCAGGGCUUUACAGGGACUUCUUGGCCAUCAGCCUUAGAUCUUCAGAUCCUGGCUUAUCCCAACCUCAAAGGGGAGGGGGAAGUUUGGAAGUGGCGGCUCCCCUUUGAGACCUUCACCCAAGAGGGACUAAGUCAAACUGAGGCUGGAGCCCCAGGAAUAUUUGUGCUGGGUUCUGCCAGCUUUUCUGUUCCCUCCCGUCGCUCAAUUCCAUCCAUUCCCCAUGUUUCCACGUGAUUAAAAUGACAUAUACUACCCUGAAUAUAUCUAUGCAAAAUUUGCAUGAGUGACACUUACGAUUAACACAGACUUGUUAGUGAAAUAAAAUGUUUUAAAUGUCAAAAUAAAAUAAAAUGCCAUACA